GCACAUUUCAUUAUAAAAAUAACGAGGAAGGGAAUAUUCCUGACUUUUGCAGAGGAUUUGUAUUGGUUUUAAUUUUGCACAAAUUGCCUUACUUGGAGCACAAAUUAAAUUUUAAAAAGGAGGAAUUCAGUAAAUCUACAAACAUGGCCGACGAUUGGGAAUCUGCAGUCGACAGUGAAGUGGUAAUACGCCCGAAUACUGCAAGCUUGAACAAGUGGGAUGGAGAGGACGAUGAUGAUGAUGUUAAGGAAAGCUGGGAAGAUGAGGAGGAGAAGAAGGACGAAGAGAAGCCCACAAAAACAGAAGUACCAGCAAAAACGAAACCGAAUAAAGCACUCAAAGCCAAAUUAGCUGAACAAGAGCGGAUAAAUGAGGAAGAAGAGGAAAAACGACUGGCCAAUCUGACAUCAGAAGAGAAACUGGCUGAGAAAUUGCGUCUGCAGAAAAUACAGGAAGAGUCGGAUCUCAAAAGUGCACUAGACACGUUUGGGGUGACGAGUAUAGGUGGCGGCCUUGAUGCAUUCAAUCCCCAAAGCAAUGAAGAGUUUAAGGAGUUUGGGGCAACGCUUAGUUGGAAAUUAGCACAAUACCGAGAAUCACCACACUUCCCACAGUUUGUCGAAGAUCUAGUGCGCAGCAUAUGCGUUAACUUAAGUGCUGCUGACAUUAAGAAGAUUAAGAUGAGCGUAGAAAGCUUACACUCUGAAAAAAUAAAAAUGGAAAAAGCAAAUAGUAAGAAAGCCGCUGCCAAGGCCAAAGGAAAAGUUUCGUUGCGUACUGAAAAUGAUGAUAUUGAUGGCUACCAGAAAUAUGGAAAUGAUUUUACCGACGAUUACGAUGAUUUUAUGUAAAACGAAAUCUACAGUACACCCCAUUAUCUGAUUAUUAAAUACAUAGUUGCUUGUUGAAGAGUUCUUGUUGGAAGAAACUGUGCAGGAAUUUGAGUCCUUUGUUGAUUAUGAAUGUUGGCUUAGAGCGACAUACUGAUUAUGAAUACACAUACUAUAUAAAAACAUGCAUAUAUUUACACAACACACAGUAAAUAGAAAGAGCGAUUGAUAUACAGACAUAUACAUUUAUAACUAGUUUAACGACAAGUCAAGCAAUCAAGAAACCUCAACGAACAUUUUGCAGAUUACAAAAUAUGGAAUAAUUAGGUACUUGUAUUAAAUUAUAGAAAUGUCAUAUUCUAAACGGCUUCUUGUAAAUUCACUUUUGUAUCAUAAUAAAAUGCGAUAUUAAAGAUUA